UAUUCCGCUCCCAUUUCUUAUUUUGUUUUCUCUCACCUUAUCAGCCUCUCGAGAAGUCGCCUUUUCUUCCCUAACCAUAGUAGGGACCGACGAAGAACCAACAACGAAACCGAUAGUCCUCGCCCGUCUCUCUUUUCAAGAGAAGAGAGAGAGAAAAUUAGGGAAAAAGAUCAGAUAAAAAGGGAGAAGAUUUGUUCUGAUUUUUUCACGUUAGGUUGCAGAUUUCCUCACACCGCCAACCCGCUGAAUUACUGUAAUAUCCGGACCUUUUUUGUUCUCCUGCAAUUGUUCUGGUUUUGUUUUCCCUGGAUUUUCCCUGAAAAAUCGAGUCUUUUCAUGUGGUUUUUCUUAAGCGUUUGAAGAAUCCUGGAGUUUGAUCGUGGGAUGGGUUUCUUUUCUGGGGUUUUCUUUGAGAUCGGUUUGUUGGCCGCCGAUCCGGACCAUUUCUUUGCUCGUGGAAUGGAUCCUGGCUGAAUCGGGGUUUCUUGACCGGUUCCGAUCGGUAUCUGGUUAGGGUUACUGUCAGCUUUAGAACAAGUUGGAAUUUGGCGUCGAGGGGUUGCAGAUAUCUUGGACUUGGGGGCAGGGAAUGGGAUAUGGUUAGGGUUUGAAAUCAGGCGCCCAAACUUAGAUUCAUGGCCGGGGGCAGCUAUCUUUGCCUUAUCUGGGAGUUGAUUGAGGAUUUUUUUUUUGUAUGAUUUUAUGUAAUGUUUUUAUUUUGACAUUUAGUAGACUUGAUUUUGUGAAUUUUUUGACUGUGUAAUAGAAGAAAUAGAACCUAUUACCAUCCAAGGUUCCAUUUAUAUUAUGGAUUGGGACUUGGCUUAGGCUGAUUCCAGAGGCUUAGAAUAAACUUUAAAAUUUUCUAUGAUUUGACUAUUUAUUUUUAUGUUCAUUUACUCGAGAAAUCUUUUGCACGUCUUAUCCUUGAAUCUUAAUCAAAGUUUUUUGCAAUUAUAAACUCAAAAAAGUUACUUUGAAAUGCAACUAGCUUUUAGUAUUGACUUUUGCUGGACGUAGAACCAAUUAUUAGUUGCAUUUCUUUGUUUUUAUAUGUUAUAGAUGAUCAUUCUCCUUGUUCCACAAUUUAAGUGCAGGGCUUGGGACUUGGUGAUUGUGGAGCUUUUCUUAAACUGUAGUGAUCGAGUCCAAGCCUGUAGUUUCUUCAAGAUUUAUAGGACAUUGGAUUGUUUGUUGCAUGCUUGGGAAGAGUUUCUCAUUGUUUUGAGGAUUCUGCCUGUAUAAUUUUCUUGCAAGAAGAGAUCAAGACUGCCAUAUUUCUUGGAUCAAUUCAAUAUAAUUUAUUCUAUUUACUCAGAAGUUACAUACGGGGCUGAAGUUCAGAUUUCCUUUCCUGAAAUUGGGCGUUAGAAUAUCCUUCCCUAUUGAAAUUGUGAACUUUGAUUCACUUGUGCUCAAGUUAAUCUUGUGCAGUUCAUAAGGUUGCUGGGUGAUAGAACCUUUCUCUAAUUGCUUUUUGAGAAAUAUUUUGGGGAUGCCAGCACUAAGGUUUUGAACCUUGGACCUCUUUCAAGUGAAGGGGGAUCCCAACAAGCUGAGAGAAGGCUGGCUAGCUGGCUGGUUGGUCAAGAGAACCUAUUGAUGCAUCAUAUCCAUACAUGGAAACCAAUGUGUUAGGAAAGAAUAUUCAAGCACAUCAGACAAGAACUGCACCUGAGUCUCUUUAUUUUGAGCUUUUGUGCUUUCAAGAUGACAGAUAUGAAAGGAAGCAGUUCUACUAUUUCAGACAUUGCUGCUUUGCACAAGGAAUGGGAUGAGAUUUCAUGCCCAAUUUGCAUGGACCAUCCUCAUAAUGCUGUACUCCUAAUCUGCAGUUCUCACGAGAAAGGGUGCAGAUCUUACAUCUGUGAUACUAGUUACCGGCAUUCAAAUUGCCUGGACCGAUUUAAAAAACUGAAAGUGACUAAUAUGGACAGCUCUUCUCAGCCAAGCUCUUCCAUCCUCGAGAACUCUGACACUGGAAGUCUUGCACCAAGGGAUUCUCGUAAUCCCAAUUCUGAAUCUAUUUUUGGGGGCCCAAGUAUCAGAAGAAACUCGGUGGAAACCCAUGAAGAUUAUGUCUUUCAAGAAAACAAUGAAGGGAACACUUCAGGCUUAUUUGAAACUUUGGAAGAUAAUAAUAAUGGCCAAGAAACUGAGAGAUCUACAGUAGGUCAGGGGGGAGAAAGGAAUGGACUGCAGGAGUCUGAUGGCAAUAAUGCAUCCGAAGGGAACUGCUUGAAGUGCCCCCUUUGCCGAGGAACUGUCAUCGGUUGGAUGAUUGUUAAAGAAGCAAGACAGUAUCUGGACCAGAAACCAAGGGCAUGCUCUAGGGAAUCAUGCUCCUUUUCUGGCAACUACAUGGAGCUGCGAAGACAUGCCCGGAGGGUCCAUCCUCUAACAAGGCCUGCUGAUGUGGACCCAUCACGACAGCGUGCAUGGCGCCGCCUGGAACACCAGCGGGAGUAUGGUGACAUCCUCAGUGCUAUCAGAUCAGCAAUGCCAGGUGCAAUUGUGCUAGGUGACUAUGUUAUAGACAAUGGAGAUGGGCUAUCCCGUGACAGGGAAAGCUAUGGAUCAGGUGAAGGGGCUGGGCCAUGGUGGACAACUUUCUUUCUGUUCCAUAUGAUUGGCAGCAGCCCUAUUGGGUCCCGUCAUGAGCCAAGGAGCUCAUCUAGGGCUUGGCGGACGCAUCGACGCUCAGGACACCGUAAUCUAUGGGGAGAGAACCUAUUAGGUUUGCAAGAUGAUGAUGAUGAUGGGAGCCUAGAUGAUGAUAUUCCAAUACCGAGGAGGCGUCGGAGAUUCAUGAGAUCCAGACCUGAUGAGGAGCAGCCAUGAGAGGUUUUUCUGUUUGAGGCUGCAGUCACUGGAUUGGGAAAUUCUGGAGCUUUGAAGGGAUGGUUCUCGAGCAUUGGUUGGAUUAUUGGAUUGGUUAUUUCUGUCUAGAUUUAUUGUGCUAGCAAUAGACAUGUCUUCAGUAAUGAUACAUCAUCUUGGUAUGGACAAUUAAACCUUUAGGGUUUUGGGCUGCUUGAGAGAAUGAGUUGGAUGCUUGCACUCUCUAGUUUGGUCAAAAUUUAUUUUAUUGGUGAAACAUGCCUAAGGGGUGUUCAUCAAGUGUAUAGAAUAACGUUUGUAAGCCAAGGCAUUUCAAGCACAGGUGUUCUAUUUCAGUGAUUUCAGGUGUUAUAUUUGAA